AUGCCUUCAAAUCCUUCCUCCAGCAAGGAGAAGAAGUUGCAAUUGCAGACGAAAAAUGAUGAUCUAGAGAUGCCACCUUCAAUAUUGUCGAGGAACCCUUCUAUUACACCACAAAGUAACCAAGUACCGAGUAAUCGAACAGAAGCUCUGCCUCGCCCUGUGGUGUCACAAACUGGAUCACUUCAAGAAUUACCAGUGCAAUCAAACAAAACGGUCCCUUCUCAAUUACAACCAACAUCUUCACCCGAAAGCGAUCAACCGAAAAAGGAAACUGUUUUGGCCGGGGGUGUUUAUUUAAAGGACAAGAUACACUCUGACUCGUUGGUGAAUACAAUUGCAUCAUUGAAUUUGAAAAACCAUAAUACAUCUCCCACGAUACUUAGCGAUACCAAUGAAUCCGUCACCAGUUUGGAUUAUUUAUUGCAACCACCUUCGGAUCCGCAACACCACAAGACUCCAUCGGUACAUGCACAUUUUUACGUUGACGAGGCCGUAAAGCCUAGUAAAGUGACUAGAUCAAGAAGUGGGUCCGGCUCCAACUCAACUUCUGCUGGAUCUCAAACGGUACCUCAACCAUCGUUUUACCCAGUACGCGAUGGAUCAAAAAGUAAUGAUAGCGUGAGAGAUGCUGCGUCCAUUGGUUCUACUUCUUCGUCUGCCCAACCUUUCCCACAACCACAACCACAACCACAACCACAACCGCAACCGCAACCACGCACGGGACCCACCUCACAGGUUAGUCGACAGCUAUCACCCAAGAUAUCCGAACAAAAUGCCAAUAUUGACUCUAGAUUACCGCAAGAUGAUGGCAAAAUCCAUGUCUUGCUUGGUGUAUGUGGAGCACUAUCUACUGGUAAAAUCAAACUCAUUAUCAACAAGUUGUUUGAGAUUUACACUCCAAACAAAAUUGCAAUCCAACUCAUCUUAACCCGUUCAAGUGAAAACUUUCUUUUGCAGGAGAGUCUAAAUAUCUUGGAAAGUGUAAAAGGAGUACGUGUUUGGCGAGAUGAAGAUGAAUGGACAACGUGGAAAACGAGGCUGGACCCAGUUUUACAUAUUGAACUUCGUCGAUGGGCCGAUAUCCUAGUUGUUUGUCCUUUAACAGCAAACACAUUGUCGAAAAUUGCUCUUGGGAUCUGCGACAACUUGUUGACAAAUGUUAUUCGUGCUUGGAACACCUCGUAUCCUAUCUUAUUGGCACCCGCGAUGGUUAGCUAUUCGUACAAUGCAAUCACUACUAAGAGACAAUUGCGAAUGAUUGCCGAAGAGAUGCCUUGGAUUGAGGUGUUGAAACCGCUGGAAAAAGUGUUUGGUAGUUAUGGGGAUAUAGGUAUGGGUGGAAUGAUGGACUGGAAUGAGGUGGUUAAUAAGAUUGUGAUGAAGUUGGGAGGGUACCCAGAAGUGAUUGAUGAAGAGGAUGAGGAGGAUGAGGUGAAGAGCAGAAAGAACUUGAAGAUCAAGAAUGAUUUUAAGUUGCAGGAGAAAACAGAGAAGGAAAAUAGUCUGGCCAUCAUCGACGAUGAAGAUGACAACGGCGAUGAAGAAGAAGAAGAAGAAGAAGAUGAUGAUGAUGAAGAAGAUGACGACGACGACGAUGAUGAUGAUGAAGAAGACGAGGAGGGUGAUGACGUCGCCGAGGAUGGGGACGACACCGAGGAUAGCCAACAAAAGCAACUCGAGGUCGAGCAAAGGGUAAAAGGGGAUCUGAUUUUAUACAAGCCCAAACCUCAGUGA